CCGCUGUUGAGAAAAAGAAAGGGAAGUGAAAAUGGGAAGAUCCCCUUGCUGCUCUAAAGUGGGGUUGAGGAGAGGACCAUGGUCAACCAAAGAAGACGCUUUGCUAACAAAUUACAUUCAAGAACACGGAGAUGGCCAAUGGAGAUCUCUCCCCAAGAAAGCUGGGCUGUUGAGAUGUGGGAAGAGCUGCAGAUUGAGAUGGAUGAACUAUUUAAAGCCUGGAAUUAAGAGAGGAAACAUCACCCCUGAUGAAGAAGACUUAAUAACUAGACUCCAUUCCCUUCUGGGAAAUAGAUGGUCACUCAUUGCAGGAAGAUUGCCGGGUCGAACCGACAAUGAGAUCAAGAAUUACUGGAAUACACAUCUUCUCAAGAAGCUAAGAACUGCUGGAAUCGAACCCAAAGAGCGCAAAGAUUUGCCAAAAUUGAAAUCCACAGUUCCAGAAGCCAAGGGCAAGCAGAAAAGGAAGCAAAACAAGAAAAUCAAUGAAGAAAAUACAAACCACUCAAAAGCACCUCCUAGGACUGCAGUUUAUCUUCCCAAACCCAUAAGGGUUUCUUCAGCAUUCUCAAGAAGCAAUAGCGUUGACAGUUUAUUCAGUGGCGCAUCAUCAAGUGAAUCAGAUGUGCGAAAAAAUGCUACACUUGCUGGAACGGCGUCGUAUGUGGACUGGGCUUUGUUUGCGCUUGAGGAUGCAAAUUAUGGAAUUCAUGGAGAAUCUCAAGAACUUGAAUUUUUCGGUGGAUUUGAUAUGUCACUCCCACAUUCAGAGUGUUCAACUCAUUUAAACAUGCUUGAACAAGUCUAUGAUGAAUAUUUACAGCUUCUUUAAAUUAUAAGUUAUCGUGUCAA